AAAAAUGUCUUUUUAGGACGUUCAGCUUGGCGUUUCAAGUCCUGAUGUGCAGCAAAGCUGAUGAACUAUCCACUUCCACUGGAAACAAUUACAUUUCCCAAUAUGUGGAGUUUGGGGGGCAUGGAAACGGCAUCAGUGGUUGCAGUGCUGUGUGGUUCCAGCGAUGGUCAUAGCUGCAGGGGCUCAUCAUGCGUUGGUCUUGGGUGGGUCUCCCAAAAAUCCAGUCAAGAGGAGUUUUGUCUUUCCCCAGAAUGCAUCGAGGCAGCCGGGUCCAUCCUGAGUAAGUUGGACCGGUCAGUCGACCCCUGUGACGACUUCUACACGUUCUCCUGCGGCGGCUGGUUGAAGGAAAACACGAUUCCUGAAGACUCAUCGUCCCACGGCAUCUACCCCUGGCUGAGGCAGCAUGUGGACAUCCGGCUGAAAGGUGGCGCUCCAUCCAUCCGUCCGUCCAACUGUCCAUCCAACCAACCAACUGUCCAUCCAUCCAACU